AUGAAGCAGCCAGCUGAGAGCAGCCCGACCCCAACGCCAGCUACUACUGCAGCCUUCACGCCUGAGCCUAGGCCUACACCGAUCGAUCUGGUGGCUCUUAGUAAGGGGGAACGGGAGGAACUUGUGAUUGCUGAGACCCCGGAGGCUGCUCACUCCACUACUGUCACACUCCACAUGGAAGGGGAGGUGGAGGGGUCUCCUGUGGCCCUUACCACUGAGCAAGCUACAUCAAAGGUCGAGGAGGCUCAUGUGGCCUUCACCACCAAGGUAGCUACACUUGAGACGGAGGGCUCUGCUGUGGAUCUUACUACUGAGCAAAAGCCGCCCGUGACCAGGAAUGCGUCACCAGAAGUUGCCGACAAACAGGUCACCGAAAUCAUUGUAGAGGUGGAAAAGGAUACGAUGAAAGAGGCAUCCACUAAGACGGCUGCUGUCUCGAGCGAACAGACUGAGAGGCUGAUGGAAGCCCUUGAACAUACAGAGGAGGGAGGCUGA